UUAUUUGAAUUCAAUCUAAAACAAAAUAGUUCAUCCCUAAAUUUUUUUUGAUCAUCCCUAAUUAAAGAGACGACAGCCGCAAAACAAAACAGACCUAGCGAAGAAAUUUCCCAUCUGUGAAUCCAACAACAACAAUAAUAAUAGUAGUAAUAACAGUAGAAGUAAUAAUAAAUCAUUGCCACCAUUGAUUCCUCACUAACUAUGCUUCUUCCCACUUCUUUGCAUCUGCUCUUUAUUUUUUCCGAUUGAAAACACUCCCCUGUAGACAAAAUAGAUCACCAUUUUAGCCCUACGGAACACACGGUCAGUUUUAGUUUUUUGUUUUAUUACAUGGCAGUUUUACAGAGGAAGGAUAAAAAUCUAAAUCGGCGUCUGUUUCAGAAACAGAGUUACUCGACUUCUCCAUUUAUACCCACCAAUGAAUUCUAUGUAUUGACUGGUCCUGAGUUUUAUCCUUUUACCAGGGGGAAAAAGCAGUACAACCACGGCAGCGGGCACAUAGGUUUGGUCGCGACUUCAAAAUCUAAGAGGUACCAAAUUUCUUCAAGACAUGUUCCCAGGUUUGAUAGUGGGGAAAACUUCAAGGCGGAGUUGGGCUGGAUUAAUACUGGGAUGAGGAUUGUGCGGGAUAGAUGAAUCUCAGGGAGGUCUUAAUUUGUGGGAUGGUUAGAUUCUAGCUGUAUGUGAACUGGGUUCCCUAGCAUGUGGGCUACUACAGAUUGAUAUGCUUAUCAAAGAGUUUUUCAUUUAGUUUUGGGCAACAUUGUUCACUGUGCAUUGCAAAUGUUGAAAAUGAGAGUAGGCUGAAGGAUCACUUUGUAUGUUUUUGUAUUUGAGACAAGAAUAAUGAAAGCUGAAGCUAAGAUUCAUGUCAUAGAUGAACUCAGGUUUUGAAGGAGAGAGCGAAGCACAGUGUGUCAUCAGAGCAAUUAUUUUAAUUUAAUUGGUGUUAAAGCUCUUAAACAUAGAAGACAGGAUUGUCAGAUUGGUUUUCAAAAUGUUUAACCGAUCUGGUCUGGAUAGAUUCAAGAAAGCACAAUCCUUAGAGCCAUUUUCUGUCAAUGCUAAUCCAAUUACUAAGCAACCUCCACAGCAGCAGCAGCAAUCCAUACCCCGAUCAUUUCAAUCACAGGUGACUCAACCACAGGUACAGUAUCAUGGGUUUGCUCGGCCUGCUGCACCAGAACCAGCUCCAGCAGCAGUACCAAGUACUCAAUCGACUGCAAUAGGGGGCGGACAAUCAAAUUGGCAGCCACCAGACUGGGCUGUGGAGCCUAGGCCAGGUGUCUAUCGUUUAGAAGUGAUGAAGGAUGGUGAGGUUUUAGACCAGAUCAAUUUGGACAAGAGGAGGCACAUAUUUGGGAGACAGGUUGCUGUUUGUGAUUUUGUGCUUGAUCAUCCAUCCAUUUCUCGACAACAUGCAGUUGUUGUGCAACAUAAAAAUGGCAGCAUUUAUGUUAUUGAUCUGGGCUCAGUGCAUGGCACGUUUGUUGCAAAUGAGCGUGUGACAAAGGACAAUCCCGUUGAACUUGAAAUAGGUCAGUCUCUACGGUUUGCUGCUUCUUCAAGAAGUUAUAUCUUGAGGAAAAAUACUGCUGCUCUUCUUCCUGUGCAACAGUUGCCUGCAGAAUUCACCCUACCUUCUCCCCCAGAUCCUUCAGAUGAAGAAGCAGUUGUGGCAUAUAACACUCUUCUUAACCGUCUAGGGGCAAGCAGAACAGAUGCCUUACAAAAGCCGAGCAGAGAAGCAGGCAUGGGUUCUACAUGCAGCAAAGAAUCUGAAUCACAAGUUGAAAGAGCUGCUAAGAGACAACGGAGAGUAAGAGUGGCUUUUAGAGAUCAACAUGGUGGAGAGUUAGUAGAGGUUGUAGGAAUAUCCGAUGGUGCAGAUGUUAGCACUGAGCCUGGGCCCAUUGGUGUAAAGGAAGGUAGUCUUGUUGGAAAAUAUGAGUCCCUUGUGCAGGUUACAGUCAUACCUAAAGGUCAGGACCAUGUAAUGCAAAAGGAUGAGGCUGAUACACCAAAAGGGGUCACAUCAAGGUUGCAACAAUGUUUGAACAAAGUCAAGUCCCCCGCAAAAGGUGGGUUUUAUGAAGACCUUUAUGGGGACUCCUUUGCUGGUCAGGUUGGUGCUUCCUGGGCAAAUACAUCAAAAGGAAGAGUUGCCAAUUCAGAACAAGUCACUUCAAAUGUGACGGUAGAAGUUCUUCCAAAUGGCACGUCUGGGAUUGAUUCAAGUAACUCAGAAAGCAACAAGGAAAUUGCCAAGUCCCAAAGUUCCAAAUCUAACGCACUCUUUGAUGACGAUGAUGAUGAUUUAUUUGGUGAUUCAAUGGAGGAUGACAUGUCAAGAUGAGUUCAGCUGUGAAGUUUAGUGUCACAGUCUGAGGAAUUUAAACUCAAGCUUUGCUUGUUGAAAAAACAAUUGUUUCUCUUUGUAAAUGUCUACUUAUUCAGAGCACAAUAUGAUUUUUAUUGUGGUUUUGGUCAGAGAUGCUUGAAUAGCAAUUUCAGCACAAAUCACUAACAAAGUGGUUUUUGUCAUCAUGGUUAAGUUUUUGUGUUCAAGCCAUUUUGGUGUUCCCACUUAUGGUGUUUGAUUGAGUGUGGUUGUAGUGCCACAUUAAGUUCUACUUUUCCUGUAAGAAAUUUCUUGAGAAUGUUGUUCUCUGACC